UGCUGUGUUCCACCAGCAUUUUGUGUGUGUUGCUAUGUUUGAAGAACCGCACUAGGAACGUUACAGGCCCCAGGAAUUGACAAUAAAUUCAAAGCAUUCAGUUUUAUUUUCAGUAUUUGUAGUGUGUUUUAUCUUACUGUUCCUGCAUUGAUUUCUCUGUCUCCUCCGUCCUGAUUCAUCUCCCUCAAUUUAUACAUCCUCCACAGUGAUUAAUCAUGCUUCACCAUCCUCUCUCAGCCAGCAGCAGCUCCACUUAUUCAGCCUGUGCCGGCUUCCCCUGUUCUUUGGCUGCCUUCUACCAUCACUGCAAGACUUGCGUCCAAAACCACGAAGCAGACAGGGAAAACCCUGUGGACACGACCCAACCUGCAAGCUGCCCGCACCAAAAGCUCUCUAUAUUGCACAGUUAUUAAAACUUUUAACUCCUUUGUAAAAGUUUCUUCCCCCCCCCCCCCGGGGCAGUUAAUCUGAUCAACCAUUCUAAUUAUUCCCUUACCACCUUCUACCUAUUACCCAGUCACUGCACUGCACUGUAAAUGUUAAACCUCUUCUUAUAAUGUUGUUUACACUGUAAAUACAUGCUGGCAUUUAUGUAUCUAUGCACAUUUUAUUCCAUAUGUCCACCUCUGCCUCUAACUUUAUUUUUAUAUGAUUCUUUAUUCUUUAUAAUUGUUGAAUGUUGCUGUUUUUUGUUGCAUGUCACACCCUAAGCAACACACGGCAGUAACUAGGGAUGACUCUUCCCUGGUCUCUACCCAUGAAGAUCGAGAGGGACACUAAUUCAGCUGGGCAUCAGUGAUGGUGCAAGCAAACACACGACAUGCAAGAGAAUUCCUAGAAGCAUGACUUUCCGCAAACAAUUUUAGAAACAGAUAUGUAGACCUCAAUCCCAUUUAUAAGCCGAUGCGGGCAAAAUUCCAGACAGCACAUAUUGUUCACCAUGCAACCAAUCAGCAAAGAAAUCCCCUCCCUAUGUCACAAUUGAGUUUCUGUAAUGAUAACCAAUCAACUGGUUUAAGAGCAUACUAAAGCCAAGAAUUUGGAGGACACACCACAAGUGAUGAUGUCCUCGUGAAACAGUUGCAAAGAGAUUGCCAAGUUUGGAGAACAACUCAACCCAACCCCACCACAGCAAAUUCUGAAUACAUGAAGAUGUAUAUGGUGAAUAAAGUUUACCUUUCAUCCUUGAUCCUCCUAUUUUGCAACUUAAUACCUCUUUGAUUUGAUUAAGACCACAAGACCAUAAGAUAUAGGAGUAGAAUUAGGCCAUUUGGCCCAUCGAGUCUGCUCUGUGAUUCCAUCAAUGCCCUGGAUCCGGAGGACAAGGCCCUGUACUUUCAUUGGGUGACGAUGGAGGUGCGCAAUGGAUUGUUGUUCUCGCCGUGGCAGUUUUUCGAUGGUGACAGACACCUCUUGCACCUGGUGGUCCCCCUGGGGGGGAGGGGGGCUUCAUGCCACGGUGCUGCAGUGGGGGUGGGUUAGUGGGGGACGGCCAUUUUGAGGUUAUAAAGACAUUGGGCAAGCGGUGCAAAUGCUUCCGUUAGCCUGGGUACAGGCAGGAAGUGGAGCUGUUCAGGCACCACUGCAAAGGGGCCGGGGCGCUAGCCUAGGACGCCAAUGUGGCAGGACUUGGAGGGGGCCCCAGUAUGGGACUACUACCCCACCUGGAAGAAGGGACAAUCUCUCACACUUGGAAGCCACUGGAAGGGACUGGGAGGUGUGCUCAACCACAUCAAAACGCGGUAUAUCAGGUACAGUUGCCUGAGCAGUGGAAGGCAAUUGUGCUGCACUGGGACCACCCCCAGAGACCACCUACCCAGCGAGGCUGACGGAAAGAAAAGACCCUCCGGGUGCUCUGCCUCUUGCCUCAUAAAACUUUGCAUCCCAUGGGAGGGGUGGGGCUACAGAAACCUUACAGCCCCACAGAAGGUGGCAUCAACCACCGCCAAGACUUCUGGACCUUGUUGUGGACUCUGGUGUAGCUGGGGAUGGCUGACCCUCCAGGUGGGGGUAGUGUGGCACUCUGGUGGGGGGGGGGGGUGGCGGUGGGCAUGAUUGACUGCAUUGCUAGUGGCCAGCGCUACCUAUGGUUCUUCUUUUAAAAUCCGUUCGUGGGAUUAUAGUGAGAUGUUCAAGUUCAUCUGAUGAUACAUUUUAGCUUGGAUUAUACAGUUAUUCACUUGUGUGUUUGUGGGUCACCCUGACUGUAACUGAUGUGUGUAAUAAUCACUUCCCUCCUGCCUGUAUGUGAUUGAGUGGAUUCUUGCCCCAGGACUUAGCACCCUGUCUGUUUUUGUGUUUGUCGCAGUAAUAUGGCUGUUGAGUUAAAUGAGCCCUGUACUUUGCAGCAUUCAUUUUACCCUCUACCUUACAAGCUUUCCAGGGCCUCCUGGAGUGAAGCAUUAUUACAAAAUAAUGCAGGCACUACCAAGCUUCAUGUUAAGAACAGUGUGUUUUUGAUGACAUGUGGUCUUCAUCUUACGCCAAAGUGUUUAGUCUGAUGGCCAAAAAGCUCAAGUUUGGUUUCAUGAGACCAUAAAACCUUCUUUCAGCUGACUUCAGAGUCUCCCACAUGCCUUCUGGCAAAUUCUAGCUGAGAUUGCAUGUGAAUAUCAUUCAACAAUGACUUUUUUUGCCACUUUCCCAUAAAGUUGUGACUGGUGAAGCACCCAGGCAACAGUGGUCAAGUGAGCAGUUUCUUCCAUCUCAGCCACUGAAGCCUGUAACUCCUCCAGAGUUGUCAUAGGUCUCUUGGUGGCCUCCCUCACUACUCCCCUUAGAACCAUAGAACAUUACAGCACAGAAACAGGCCUUUCCACCCUUCUUGGCUGUGCCGAACCAUUUUCUGCCUUGUCUCACUGACCUGCACCCAGGCCAUAUCCCUCCAAACCCCUCUCAUCCAUGUACCUGUCCAAGUUUUUCUUAAAUGUCAAAAGUGAGCCCGCAUUCACCACUUGAUCUGGUAGCUCAUUCCACACUCCCACCACUCUCUGCGUGAAGAAGCCUCCCCUAAUGUUCCCUUUAAACUUUUCCCCCUUCACCCUUAACCCAUGACCCCUGGUUUUUUUCUCCCCUAGCCUCAGUGGAAAAAGCCUGCUUGCAUUCACUCUAUCUAUACCCAUCAUAAUUUUAUACACCUCUAUCAAAUCUCCCCUCAUUCUCCUACGCUCCAGGGAAUAAAGUCCUAACCUAUUCAACCUUUCUCUGUAACUCAGUUUCUCAAGUCCCAGUAACAUCUUUGUAAACCUAUCCUGGACCCUUUCAACCUUAUUUAUAUUCUUCCUGUAAUUAGCUGACCAAAACUGCACACAAUACACCAAAUUUGGUCCACCAAUGUCUUAUUCAACUUCACCAUUACAUUCCAACUCUUAUACUCAGUACUUUGAUUUAUGAAGGCCAAUGUACCAAAAGCUCUCUUUACAAUCCUACCUACCUGUGACGCCACUUUUAGGGAAUUAUGUAUCUGUACUCCCAGAUCCCUUUGUUCUACUGCACUCCUCAGUGUCCUACCAUUUACCUUGUAUGUUCUAUCUUGGUUUGACCUUCCGAAGUGCAAUACCUCACACUUGUCCGCAUUAAACUACAUCUGCCAUUUUUCAGCCCAUUCCUCCAACUAGUUCAAAUCCCUCUGCAAGCUUUGAAGACCUUCCUCACUGUCCACUACACCUCCAAUCUUUGUAACAUCAGCAAAUUUGCUGAUCCAAUUUACCACAUUAUCAUCCAGAUCAUUGAUAUAGAUGACAAAUAACAAUGGACCCAGCACUGAUUCCUGUGGCACACCACUAGUCACAGGCCUCCACUCAGAGUAGCAAUCCUCCACUACCACUCUUUGGCUUCUUCCAUUGAGCCAAUGUCUAAUCCAAUUUACUACCUCUUCAUGUAUACCUAGUGACUGAAUCUUCCUAACUAACCUCCCAUGCGGGACCUUGUCAAAAGCCUUUCUGAAGUCGAUGUAUGCAACAUCCACUGCCCUCCCUUCAUCCACUUUCCUGGUAACUCCCUCGAAAAACUCUAAUAGAUUGGUUAAACAUGACCUACCAUGCACAAAGCCAUGCUGACUUUUUUUUAAUAAGUCCCUGUCUAUCCAAAUACUUGUAGAUCCUAUCUCUUAGUAUUCCUUCCAAUAAUUUACCUACUACUGAUGUCAAACUUACCGGCCUAUAAUUUCCCAGCUUAUUUUUUUAGCCUUUUUUAAACAACGGAAUUACAUGAACUAUCCUCCAAUCCUCUGGCACCUGACCCGUGGAUAUCGACAUUUUAAAUAUUUCUGCCAUUUCGACACUAGUCUCCAUCAAGGCCCGAGGGAAUACCCUGUCAGGUCCUGGGGAUUUAUCUACUCUGAUUUGCCUCAAGACAGCAAACACCUCCUCCUCUUUAAUCUGUAUAAGUUCCAUGACCUCCCUACUUGUUUGCCUUGUUUCCAUAGACUCCAUUCCAGUUUCCUUAGUAAAUACAGAUGCAAAAAACCCAUUUAAUAUCUCUCCCAUUUCUUUCGGCUCCAUACAUAGCCGACCACUCUGAUCUUCAAGAGGACCAAUUUUAUCCCUUACUAUCCUUUUGCUCUUAACAUACCUGUAGAAGCUUCCUGCACAGUCACUCAGUGUUUGAAGGUGGCCUGCUCUAGGCAGAUUUACAGCUCUGCCAUAUUCUUUCCAUUUCUUGAUGAUUGACUUAACUGUACUCCAAGAGAUGGUCAGUGACUUGAAAAUUUUCUUGUAUCCACCUCCUGAUUUGUGCUUUUUAAUGACCUUUUCACGGAGCUGCUAGGAGUGUUCUUUUGACUUCACGGUGUAGUUUUUGCCAGGAUACUGACUCACCAGCAGUUGGACCUUCCAGAUGCAGGUGUAUUUUUACUACAAUCAAUCGAAACACCUUGACUGCACACGGUGAUCUCUAUUUAACUAAUUAUGUGACUUCUAAAACCAAUCGGCUGCACCAGUGAUGGUUUGGUGUGUCGUAUUAAAGGGGGUAAAUACUGAUGCAAUCAGUGUUUUGUAUUUUUAAUUAAUUUAGAUUACUUUGUAGAGAUCUGUUUUCACUUUGACACGAAGGAGUCUUUUUCCGUGGAUCAGUGUCAAAAAAGCCAAAUUAAAUCCACUGUGAAUCAAUGUUGUAAAACAAAAAAACGUGAAAUCUUCUGGGGGGGGGGAUGUAAAGUUUUUAUAGGCACAGUACUUCAAUAAUAAAUGCAUUUUGAAUCUUGAAUCAUUGAAUCACUUCCUGGUGGUGCUACCAUGUUCUCGGGCUCUUAAUUCUACUGUACCUCUCUUAGUUAUUCCACGAUUGACUCUUUAACAUUUCUGUUUGCACCACUUCAGAUUACACUAUUAUUACACCAAUACCAUUGUUUUAUGCUCACUGUAUUUAUAGAUGUAUUUAUGAAUACAUGUUGUAGACUGUUUACUCUGUAAGCUUUAAGUGAGUAAGGCAUUCCAUUGCUCUGUGGUGUUGUUUGGCAAUAAACUGAUCCAAAUCUGAAACCAGAAAAGCUAAUUCAUUAACUGGCUGGUUCAUCAGCUUUCUUCGUACCUGUGCAAAGCCCUAGAAAGUGGGUGGCACAGUAGCAUAGUGGCUAGCACAAACCCUUUACAGUACCAGCGACCCGGGGUUCAAUUCCCAUCACUGCCUGUCAGGAAUUUGUACAUUCUCCCUGUGACGACAUGGGUUUCCUCCAGGUGCUCCCACAGCCCAAAGAUGUGCCAGUUGGCAGAUUAAUUAGUAUUGUAAAUUGUUCCGUGAUUAGGGUAGGGUUAAAUCAGGAGUGGGCGGUGCAACUCAAAGGACCUACUCUGUUUUAAUAAAAUAUUUCAAUACUCAUAUUUCAAUAAAAUAAAGUCAAGAUAAUCCUUGCCAUCCUCAUCCCCCUGCCUCCUGUAAAAAUAGGAACAUUUUGUAGUUGCAGUUGUUUCACAAUAUUGGUGAGGCUGCACCUGAAGUACUGUGCACAGUUUCAGCCAUCCUGUUGUAGGAAAGAUGUUACUAAACUGAAAAGAGUACAAAAAAGAUUUACAGAAAUGUUUGUAGGAUGCGAGGACCCAAGUUAUAGGGAGAGGCUGGCCAGAUUCAAUCCUUAUUCCUUGGAAAUGUCUCGAGACUGAAGUGUGACCUUAUAGAGGUACAUAAAAUCAAGGGGGGCAUGGAUGCACAGUCCUUUUCCCCAUGGAGAAAACAAGUUUUCUUUAAGAUUGAGAGAAGAUUUAGAAGGGAUCUGAGAGGAAACUUCUUCAUACAGAGGGUGGUCUGUAUAUGGAGCUAGAGGAAGUGAUUAAGGUAGGUAUAACAGCAACAUUUAAAAGACAUCUGGACAGAUACACGGAUAGGAUAGGUUUCAAAAGAUGUGAGGGACUAGCUUAGAUGAGCAUCUCGGAUGGCAUAGAUUGAUCAUCAGACCAUGAUACAGGAACAGUAUUAGGCCAUUUGGCCCAUUGAGUCUGCUCUGCCAUUUCAUCGAGGCUGAUCCAUUUUCCCUCUCAGCCCCGAUCUCCUGCCUUCUCCCUGUAUCCCUCCUUCAUGCCCUGAAUAAUCAACCUCUGUCCUACAUGAGACUCUCCCACAAUGGGAAACAUCCUCUCCACAUCCACUCUGUCGAGGAUUGCUUGGGCCGAAGCUCUGUCAGCCAUUGCCUGAAAAUCCAUCCCAAAGUGAGAUGAACUGAACAAAGUGUGUGACCCUUUCAGCACACUUUGCCCUGGUCUGAAAUUGGGCUCUCCUCAUGGCUACAUCUCAGUUUCAGUUUGAUUGAGUUGAACUUCCAGGCAUUAUGGGUCUUUCUCGAGAGGAUGUCCUUGCCAGAAAAAUCCCAUUCUCUUGAGAAUACACAUUUAUCCAAGCUCACGCCACGUGGCAGCAGUUGAAUCAGAGAGAGAGAGUACACUGAAUAAAGAACAUGAUUUUAUUCUUGACGCAGCUAAUUUGAAUUCCUUUCAAACCCACAAAGUUUAUUUCUGACUUUUGGAUUGACUUGGCUUGGGGUCAAGUCCAAGUGAACUCAACGAGUAUAAUCAUACUGCAAAAUAUCUUUCAAUGAAACAGAACUGAUGUGGAAAUGUAAAAUUAACACAGCUGUUCACUUGGAGAGAGGGGCUGGAACUGAGCACUCACUUGGUACACUCAAGCAAUCUACCCCACGUCUCUCUGCAACUUUAUUUAGAGAUACAGCACGGUAACAGGCUCUCGCUGUCCAAUUACUCCCAUAUUUCCAAUUAACCUACUAACCUGUGUAUCUUUAGGAUGUGGGAGAAAACCUGGAAAAAACCCAUGCGAACACAGGGAGAAUGUACAGACUCCUUUUAGACAGCGAAAGGAAGCAAACACUGACUGUACAGCUGGCACUGCUCGAUGAAGUGAUCCCCUGAUUUACAAUAGGUCUCAUCGGGAGGAGGCCGCAUCAGGAUCACUGGAGAACACAGACAACCUCAGCCGAUUCGCAGGUUUCUUCCAGGAGUCAAGGAUUCGUAACGAUAAUUUAUUUUAAAGUACAAACAAGCACACAAAUACCAAACAAAUUAAACAGAGAGCAAAGAACUGAAGCUACGAUGAAUGAAAAGCAACCAGAAGUCGAAGAUAAAAGAUUGGGCCUCUGAAAAAUACACCACUUUAUAACUGAGAUCCCUUGCUCCCCACAGUCGCUCACUGAGACACUACCAGCAAUUUACAACGGCCGGUUGGCCCACUGACCAGCGUACCUGAGUGAUGAGGGAAGAAAGCAGAGCACCCGGAGGAAACAAAUGCACCCACAGGGAGAACAUGCAAACUCCACAAAAGCAGCACUGGAGGUUGGGGUCGAACUUGGGGUCUUUGGCACUGUGAGUUGUAGAGUCAUACAGCACUACAGCAUAAAAACAGUCUCUUUGGCCCAUCUAGUCUGUGCCGAACUGUUAUUCUGCCUAGUCCCAUCAACCCCUACCAUGACCGUUAUCCCUCCAUACUCUUCCCAUUCAUGUACGGAUCCACAUUCCUCUUAAACAUUGAAAUCAAACCCACAUCCAUCACUUCUGCUGCCAGCUUGUUUCACACUCUCACCACUCUCUGAAUGAAGAAGUACCUCCUCUUAAAUAUUUCACCUUUCGCCCUUAAUCUAUCACCUCUGUUUCUAGUCUUGCCUAACUUAGUGGAGAAAUCCUACUUGUGUUUACCCAUCUAUACCCCUCAUACUUCUGUACACCUCCAUCAAAUCUCCCCUCAUUCCCCUAUGCUCCAGGUGAAGUCCUAAAGUCCUAACCCGGGGGUCGGCAACCUGCGGCUCCCGAGCCAUUUGUGGCUCUUUCACCUCUGUGCUGCGGCUCCCUGUGGCUUUGGGAAAUAAUUGGUCAGUAUUUAAUUAAAAUGUAUUUUAUGUUAGUUUGUUAGCUUUUGAAAUGUAAUUCUAAAUUUGAAGAUUAUGGUGAUCUUGUACAAUCUAAGUGUGGCGACACAUUUCCUGGCACAUCCGAAACGGCUCACAAUUAGCCAGCAUUCCGGCUAAGGGAGAUAGCCUACGGGGGUUUGUGAGUACGCGUCUUUUGCAGCAUCUGCGUCCAUGGGGGCUGGGUUGAGGGAGGCUUAAAAGCAAGGCUGUUUAGUUCGAAUAAAGUUAUUCGACUGCAGUUUACUGACUGCGUGAGCACACCGCUACAACGUGUUUUUAUCGCUAUUAAUAUACGUCACCACUGCCAAUACCUGACACCCGCCAGUGCGCGAUUUCUUUAAUUUUUCGAUCCAAGGUAAGCCAACUAUGGAGAAUUCUAAAAAAAGAAAAGUGACUGAAGAAAACAGAACGUUUAAUGAUACUUGGACAGAUUCAUUUGCUUUCACUGUUGACGAGACUGGUUUACCGGUAUGCUUAAUAUGCAAUGAGAAACUAGCAAACAACAAAAAGUCAAAUGUCGCAAGGCAUUUCCAGAGUAAACACGCAGCCUUUGCUCAAAAAUAUCCGGAUGGAGAUGAGAGAAAAAAAGCCGUUUCGGAACUGAUGCGGAAGGUUGAUCUGAGCAAAAAUCAUUUCCAGAAAUGGAUGAAGUCUGGAAAAUCAACGACAUACGCCAGUUAUAUUGCCGCUCAGGAAAUAGUCAGGCACGGGAAGCAGUUUACAGAUGGUGAAUAUAUAAAAGAAUCUUUCAUUAAGAUUUCAGAACAUCUAUUCACGGACUUUAAAAACAAGAGUGAAAUUGUGCAGAAAAUCAGGGAUAUGCCCCUCUCUGCAAAGACUGUCAAAGACAGAACCAUAAAAAUGGCAGAAGACAUCACAAGACAGCAAAUUAAAGACAUCAAUUCAGCUGUGGCCUACUCGAUUGCCUGUGACGAGUCUAAAGACAAAGGUGAUAUUGAACAAAUAGCGUUGUUCUGCCGGUAUGUAAACUCUGCCGGGCCACAGGAAGAACUGAUUGAGUUGAUACCUCUAAAAGACCAAACACGGGGGGAGGACAUCUGUGAGGCUGUCUUGAAUUGUUUAAGAGCCAAAGGAAUAAAGACCACCCAUCUGGUGUCAGUAGCUACUGAUGGGGCUCCGAAUAUGACGGGAACGCACAAGGGAUUUGUGGCUUUACUGCAGAAGUCGCUGGACAGAAAGCUGCUGACUUUUCACUGCAUCUUGCACCAAGAGGCACUGUGCGCUCAAACAUUUCCUCCGGAAUGCACAGAAGUAAUGGAUGUUGUCAUUCAGAUUGUCAAUAAAAUAAUGGCAAAAAGUUUAAAUCACCGUCAAUUCCGUUUGUUACUGGACGAGAUGGAAAGCGCAUAUUCUGAUCUCCUGCUGCACAACAAAGUCCGGUGGCUGUCCAAAGGGGAGGUGCUGAAACGUUUUGUUGCGUGUCUGGAAGAAGUGAAAACUUUCCUGGGCAGCAAAGGGCUCACCUUUCCUGAGCUGGAACAGCCAGAGUGGCUGGAAAAGCUACACUUCAUGGUAGACAUGACAGCGCACCUGAACACGCUGAACACAGCUCUUCAGGGGAAAGGACGCACAGCCCUGCACAUGUUGGAGGAUGUUUUGGCAUUCGAGCGCAAGUUGACAGUGCUUGCCAGAGAUUUACAGAAAGGCACUUUGUCUCACUUCCCCAAUUUGAGAGAGUUCAAACAAGGUCACGACAUGAUAAUUUCGGAGUAUUUACAUUCUGCAAUCAUCGCAAUGCAAACAUCAUUUGGGAAACGCUUCUGUGAGUUCAGAGAGGAAAAAAACACAUUAUCCUUCCCGGUCACUCCCUUAAGCAUCGAUCCUUCCCUACUGAAUACGACUGCAUUGGCAGGUGUGAGUCAACCUGAUCUUGAGAUGGAACUGGCCGACAUAGCCGACAAAGACAUAUGGGUGUCCAAGUUUAGACGCUUGACAGCAGACCUUGAAGAUGUUGCCCGUCAGAAGGCCGUUCUUGCUCAGAAUCACAAAUGGAGUGAUAUUGAAAACCUUCCAAAACCGGACAAACUUGUGUUCGAAACAUGGAAUGCUAUGCCCGACAUUUAUGUAAACAUGAAAAAGUAUGCGCUUGGAGUCCUGUCGAUCUUUGGAUCCACAUAUGUAUGUGAGCAGGUGUUCUCCAACAUGAACUUUAUUAAAAACAAACAUCACGCACGCCUCACAGAUGACAGCUUGCGAUCCUGUGUAAAGAUGAAGGUGACGUCAUACAGCCCUGAUGUGCAGACGCUGUGCGCUGAGGUCCAGGAGCAGAAAUCCCAUUAACCAAGUAUGAUAAAUAUUUUAAUUGCCUAUUAUUUUAUGUAUAUUCAUAUUUUUUCAUUGUUCAGUGAAAUAGUCCUUUUAUUUUUCAGGCUGACAGCUGGCUGAUGUUAUUUUUGGUUUGCUGCUGGCGGCAAAUUUAAGUUUGGCGUUUUUCAU